AUGGUCGUGCAGUAUAUCGCAUCUCGGGAGAGAAGUAACUUUGUCAUACUGACAGGCGGGGAAUUUGUGGAAAGGUUCAGACAUAGUCGACAACACUGUCAAAGUCUUCUUCAAGAUAUAGGUCCAGCCAUAGCGAAUAUAACGAUUCGAGGGUAUGAUUUGUCACCAUUACAGAAACUGCUUAUUGCUCUGCAUUGGUUUGGAAACGGAGGGCAAUACCAUGGAGUAUGUGAUAUGCAUGGAGUAUCAAAAAUGACCGACAAUACAGGGAACGUAAUAGAACGUUUUCAUAAUUUGGCAGGAUUUCCUGAAGUUUAUGGAGCUGUAGAUGGAAUCCUCAUAAAUAUGGAUGCCCCCACAAACAACGAACCUGUUUACGUCGAUCGCCAUGGGAAGCACUCCAUCAACUGCAUGGCUGUAUGUGGGCCUGAUUUUAUUAUAUGA